AUGCCAUCAUAUAAAUAAACUCUGACUGAAUUCAUUCUAUAAAGCUAAAAAAUUUAAACAGAAAUAAAGCAUUCUGGCACCAACCAAUACAAAGGAUUUAGUUUAAGUAGGAGUUCGCCAUCUGCAGCUUACUAUAUCCUAAAUUUAAGUAACUUUAAUUCCUGA